UCUGUCGUAACUAAAGAAAAUCUUUUAUCCGUAAAAACUAAAAACCCAGAGCUGCAGCGUUUUCCCUCCUCGCUGCGUUCGUCUUCUCCGGCGCACCUCCCCUCGCGAGGAGGUCCCCCUCCCCCUGCGAAGAAUUUCUCCAUCCGUGACGGCGACGCGCAGCUCCGUUACCGACCUGCAGCUCCCCCGCUCACCUCUUUCAUCCCAAGUCUCCUUCACCAUCGCGAUCCUUCUUCGUCUAAGUUUUAGGUUUUUAAAUCAAUUUCAAGUCCCGGGGACCGGAGUUGAGUGAAUUGGUAUAUGAAUUGCGAAAAGCUCAGCAAUUCAAGCAUGCAUCAGAAGAAGAAGCUGAAGCACACAGGGAACAAAGCAAAAGAGCAAUCGAGUAUGGAGAAGAAGAAUCAUAAUGACAAGAGUAAGAACAUUCACGACAUCCUCCCUCUUGACCUGAUUCACAUAAUCCUUCUGCGGGUUCCUAUCAGACAUCUCGCUCGCCUCAGGUGCGUUUCCAAGCUCUGGUGCUCUCUCAUUUCUGAUCCUGACUUUGCGGAAUUGCAUUUUCACCACUCUCCCGCUGCCACCAAUGCAUGCUUCUUCAUGAAAAACGAUACUAUGGCUGACUUGGUUUACUUAGACGUCAAUGAUGCAUCACAAAAAGAGGUGUGUCCCCCUUUCCAAAAGAAACCACCUUCUAAGUUUUUGGUCGUAGGAUCCUGCAGAGGCUUUAUUCUCUUCCAUCGAGACCCACAUUUUCUUGUGGUAUGGAACCCACUCACUGGAUCCAGCAAAAGAAUAUCAUACUCUCAUAUUGUUCAUCGUAGUAAGCCCCCUGGCCCUAGGAUUGCCUACGAUUUGUAUCUGCAUGGAUUUGGUUAUGAUGCAUCACAGGAUGAUUACUUACUUCUUUUAGCUUGGUGCGAUUGCGAAGGACAAUAUCAUUUGGAUUGCUUUUCCUUGAGAACCAAUUCAUGGAUUAAUCUUGAUGCUGCUGUCCCCAAACUCAUGGGUUUUCGUUACUGGCAUUCUGGUGGGUUGUUCUUUAACGGCGUUGUUCAUUGGGUGCCUUUCGAUUUUGAAGAUUACACGGAUUACACAGACGCUAUUGUUAUCUUUGAUCUCAAGGAAAUGACUUUUUCAACUAUAUCUGCGCCGGAACAACUGUCAUGCUCCUACCCAGGUCUUGCCCUACUCGGAGGCUGCCUAGCCUUGUAUUCUCGCUAUAAUGAUUGCCGUAACACUGACAUAUGGGUGAUGAAAGAAUAUAAAGUGCACUCAUCUUGGACUCUCUAUCAGAUUCCUUGCAAGGACUUCCUGCCUCUGUCCUUAUCUAGUAAUAGGGAUAUUAUUGGAAGAGGUUAUACUUCGAGUGGUAAAACAGGGUACUUCAUAUACAAUGUCAGAGGAGACCUGCUCAAGCAUUUUAAAGAUCUGUGUUGUCAGCUUCCCAAACGUGAACCCAUUAUUGUGUAUACAGAGAGUCUCUUGCCACUCCCUAGUGACAUUAAGGACAAGGAUAACAAGGAGAAGAUGAAGAUGAAGAAGGAAAUCCGCCAUCAAGUUCACCAUGAAUAAUUUGAACAACCUGGUGUUGCUAAAGGUUAGCAUCAGACAAAGAAAGAGAAUUAGGAGCCAACAUACAAGUGAACAACUUGACACAUGGGGAAGAAGAACAUUUGAAAAGUGCAAAUGAAGUUUAGUUGGUUUUGCAAAACUUUAGAUGUUUUAUUUCUUAGUUGGUUAUGUAAAACUUUAGAUGCUUUAUUUUGCAGAUUGCAUAAUGUACUUUUCUUUUAUCA